GCGUCUGCAUCGUUGGGUUAGGUUGUUGAAAAUGGAUUCACAAGAGCAGGACAUCAGAGUGAGGAUGGAGAGGGAGUUCAAGAACACAGACGAGCCGAUGUUCUAUCUCGCAGGUCUAAAACCCGCAGAAAAAGAGAGAAUCCCAAGAUUUCACACCUCGGAAAAUGGUUUCCAUCAAGCAUGAGGUCACCUCUACAAGGAAAUCGAAGCAAAUUCUAAUUACGUGUGCAAGGUACUUCGACAAUUCGACAAACCUCAGGCCUACCAGGAGUUUCUGGUGGGUUGCAACAUGGUCGAGGGCGACUGCACAGCCGGAAGUGUCAGACAAAUCUCCAACCUCAACAUCGACCUUUUAGCAAAACAACAUAUGUCUGCGGGUGCAGGACAUUGGACCUCCUCUCCUUGAGAAUCCUGAGUAUAGAUCCCCAUAAUGGAUUCAGGAUGCUCAGAGGAAAACAGAUUGAGAAUGGAGAAAGGUUUUAAAAGCUAACACGUUCCAAUCUUUUACCUCGCAAUCCUGACGAGCGAAGAAGAAAGCUAGAAUCAAGAGAUUUCACGUUCAGGAUAAAGGCUCUCACCAAGCACGAGGCUUCAUGUAGAAGGAAAUGGGAGCACCCUCGGAUCACGUAAGGAAGGUCAUCCGACGAUUCGACAGAUCCGAGGUUAACAAAAGGUUCCUCGUUGGAUGCUGCCUUCUUCAUGGUGCUGGAGGGCUCGGAAGGGUACGACGUGUGUGGUUGCAGCCAGAGUUCCCUUCAAAAUGCAGUAUAGAAAAAUUAGAGCGGCUUGAUGCUGAAAAUAAGGUUCUCAGCUCUCUGAAUUCUUGGGGGUGAACACCGACUCAGAAAGUAUACGUCAAUGACCUCCGUUUCGGAGAGUGACUAGCGAUUGGAUCGAUCGGCUCGCUGGUAAUUAAUUCAUAUACUGUAGAUGUGCCUGAAGGAUGUACGGAACAUCAGACCAACGAUAUCGUGCAAACUUUAAUUCGAACCCAUUUGAUUUCUAUGGAAAGGAUCAGUAAGUUCCAACAGAUAUCACCAUCUCAAAUUGCAGCCUUUACAUCCGAUUCCAUGAACUGAGCAAUCUUUUCAAGGGGUCUGCCGUAAGAGCUCCUCUUCCAUUCUCCCUGGAACUAUUUGUACUCGCAGCUAUGUGUGUAUACAUCCGCUGUCAGAUCCUCCAGCAGUAACAUCCAUGUACUGAUCCAUACUUUUUAACAUGUAUUCUUCUACGCU